CGUUGAUUGGAAACGUAGAGUGAAAACGAGAGAUUCAACAUCAGUCAGCCUUUUCAAUGCGAAAAGCCGAUUGUUAAGUGUAAAAUUAGUUUACACAUUUUUCCAUUCUUGUAUCCAUCAAAAUAAAUUCAAUUGCAUUUUAAACGUUUACAAAUUGUUGUUUGACCGAACGUAUUGUGUUUUAUUCACCGAAUCUAUAUCAUAUCGCCUUAAAGAAGAACAAACAAACUAUACCGUACCGUGCACGUAAUUUCAUCUAAGGAACACACUAUGCCGAAAACCAAAAAGUCUCAUCACCGAUCCGACGAACGGAAAGGGUUUGACAGUGACGAACAAGUCAGCAGUCAUUCAAUUGUAUCGGAAGAAGAUGAACAGAUUGUGGAGCAGAAAAAGCGUCAUCGAAAGAAGUCGUCGAAAAAGGGCAAGAAGCAUCGAUCGAAGAGGAAGCAUUCGCCGUCCGAAUCGGAUAACGACAGUAGCACAAGCAGCGAAAGCAGCCAAAACAGUUCAAGUGAAGAGGAAGUGGUAAAACGUAAAAAACAAAAAAAGCACAAGAAAAGCAAGCGUCGCAAUCGACACGAUGAACGCAACACCGAUGAACGCAAAAAUGCCGACGAUGAAGUUGAAAUACUUCAUGAACCGCCAAAAGUUCAUUACAUUAGCAGUGAUGAAGAUAAACGUCAUCAUCAACAUUCGAAACUAUUAAAACGUGGUGGUGUCGGCAGUGGCGUCGAAGAUCGCAAACGUGUACCACGCGAAAAUUCAAACGAUCGUGGCGAUUACAAAUCAAAAUGGGACAGUCCGGGUGACGAUUUUGAACGAAAACGAAAACGCGAAUCACCAGCUCAAAGGCGAGUCGGUGGUGAACAACGCAAUUCAGAUGUACGACCGAAUAAUUAUCGAGACAGAAAUGAAAGAGGUCGUGAAUCGCCGCGCAUGCAACGCCAAGACAGAGGCGAGAGGAAACAUCCGGAGACGGAAGUUCGUCGAGAUAGACGUGAUGAUACAAAUCAAUCAGAAUGGAGGAACAGAGAACGAGCUCCAGAAUUUCCAGAACGUUUUCGCAAGGAUGAUCGUGGUGAUUUGAAUAGAGAUCGACGAUUCCGAGGAGAUGAAGGACGUUUUGGUCGACCACAAAAUGAGUUUAAGCGAAGUUUUUCGCCCAAAGGUAACGUGAAUCGUGGCCGUUUUGACGAUCGACAAGAUAACCGACGUGACAAUGCACCACGUUUUAAUUACAAUGACAAUCGACGCGAGUUUCGAGACUCUUCGGCUCGAGGUGAACGAUUUCCACAAGAAAGACGACCAGAAAAUAAACGUGAUUUCAACGAUCGCGAUAUGGAUAGAUCACGCAAUGAACCACAACGGCAAAGAGAUCGUAAUGAGCAUGAAAGAAAUCGCAAUGAACGAGAUGCCAGAGAUAAACGUUCACCAAAUCGAAGUGCUGACCGUGGUGGUAUUGGUGGUAGAGGUGGUAGUGGUGAACGGCCCCGAACACCAGUCCGAUCGAAUCCAUUUCGGCGAAACAAGAAUCCAGAUGAGCCGUCGGAUUUUCGGCACGAUGGCCAAAAACCCGAUAGGAAUGACAGGAGCAGUCGGAAUGACAGUGAACGAAAUGAUAGGAAUGAUCGUAGUGACCGGAACGACCGGAAUGAGCGGAAUGAUCGUAAUGACCGGAAUGAGCGGAAUGAUAAAAAUGGUUCAGCCAAUCGCCGCAAGUAUAACAACAGAGAAGAGGACAAUGGAAACUACACAUGGGGUAAAACUGAUGUAGAUAAAAAGCCCGAUGAAACAGAACCGCCCGUCGAAAAAGAAAAGCCAAAUUUUGGCCUGAGUGGAAAGCUAACCGAAGAUGCGAAUAAAGUGAAUGGUAUUGUUAUCAAGUAUGCUGAACCACCCGAAGCUCGACGACCAAAGCGACGUUGGCGUUUAUAUCCAUUCAAAAAUGAUCAAUCGCUGAGCACAAUUUACAUUCAUCGUCAAAGUUGUUUUUUGAUUGGUCGUGAAAAGAAAAUUUGCGAAAUUGCCGUCGAUCAUCCGUCAUGCUCAAAACAACAUGCUGCACUUCAGUAUCGUUUGGUGAAUUAUGAUCGAGAAGAUGGAACCGUGGGCAAGCACGUGAGACCGUAUAUCAUCGAUUUGGAUUCGGCCAACGGGACAUUUGUUAACAAUAACAAAAUUGAGCCACGAAAGUAUUUUGAGUUGCGCGAACGAGAUAUGUUGAAAUUUGGUUUUAGCUCACGUGAAUACAUUCUAUUGCACGAGGACAGCAAUGUUAAGGAAGAAGAGCCGAUCUACGAGGAUGAUGACAUUAAAUCAGAAAAAAGUGAAUGAAAAUAACGAAUACGACCAAAAUCAAAAAUCAUCAUUCAAUAUGCAAACACACAAAUACACAUUUCAAUUAGUGAAUUGCCAUUAAGCAACA